AGGUGAGAAGACUUAGUCACAGAAUCACCUAAGGGCUGGGUUGGGAGGGCAGUCUGAGGCCAGCCACACUCACUAUGGGGAGAAUAAAGAUCUGCCUGGGCUGCUGCCAGUGAAGGGGGCUGCUCUGUGUCAGUGGCCUGGAUGGAAAGAGGACAUACGUCAAGCAGGGUCCUUUUGGACAUGGCCCAGAGAUCAGAACUGAAUAGCAGUAUCCAAUACAAGCCACCUCCAAGUCUCUGGCUGCGGCCUGUCUAGCUCUGUCCACCCAGGAGGGACCAGAACCCUGUGUGGUGCCAGCAAAGGCCAGUGACAAUGAGGGACUGGCUUGGGAGAACACCUUGGGGCCCGCCUGGGCCAGAGAGUGAGGGCUGCACAUGUGUGCAUGCGCAUAUACAAACAUGCAGAUGUGGGCUCUGCAUGCGUGUGUAUCGUGUGCGUUCUGCAUGUGUGUGUGUGUGCGUGGGUCCAUAAUGUGCUGUGCAGCAUGGGCCCUCCCCGUAGGGCAGUGGGGACAGGCAAAGACCAGGUUCCUAGACCACAUCCCAUAAAUGUCUGGUAGGCCCCCCACCCCACCCCAGGGGCAUUGCUGCUAGCCUGCCCCGGCUCCUGGCUCCCGGCUCCCACGUGCAUGAGGGCCCCAGCCCCAGGCCAGGGGAGACCAGUCGCCAAGCAUCCAGAGGCCUGGGGGAGCUAUUAGCUUGUCCAUCAGGUCCCUGUGCACACCUGGUGCUGGCCCAGCUGCAGCAGCCCAUUUGGUUGUGGCAUUUCCUCCCUUGUUUGCAUGCACCCUCCACAGGCCCAGCUGUGAGCUCUGUUCCCACGGGGAGGCACCUGCCCGCUCCAGCGCCCGCCCCUCGCCCGCAGUGCCUCCCCAGGGCUGGAGACACUGUUUCUAUGGCUACUCCCUGGGGCACUGGAACGUCCAAGCCUGUCCCACAGGCAACUGGAGGCUCCACGCCCCUCUGGUGGACAGGUCCUGCAUGACCGUCUCCCCUCGAGGAACAGGUGGGCUCCAGGGGUUUGGGCACAGGCAGGUAACAAGGUCAUGGUCAGUGGCUGCCCAGAGCCUGCAUGCCCGGAUCACUGUUGGCCACAGAGCCUGGUGGUGGUAUCAGGAUAACAGUCCAAUGUGAGCAAAGCUGGGGGGCCCAGGAAGUAGAGGAUGUCUGCGGGGCCCUGGGCAGGCAGGUGAGGACGGGCGAAUGUUUUGCUAAACAAAUUCCUCCGCCCCUCCCUGCCCUGACUCACCAUAUCUGGGGCCCCACUCGAUUCUCCCUCUUGCCAUCCCUUCUGGAAGCUGCCAUCUGCCAUGCCACGCCUGGCUCUCCCGGGCCUCAUGGCUCUCCUGGGUCUCAUGGCUCUCCUGGGCUUGGGGGCAGGGGCCCCUCUGUGCCUGUCCCAGCAGCUCAGCAUGCCAGGGGACUAUGUGCUGGGCGGGCUCUUCCCCCUGGGCUCGGCCGAGGAUGCAAGGCUGGGCGACAAGACAUGGCCCAACACCACUGAAUGCAGGUUCUCGUCCCUCGGCCUGCUCUGGGCACUGGCCAUGAAGAUGGCUGUGGAGGAGAUCAACAAUGGGUCUGCCCUGCUCCCAGGGCUGCGCCUAGGUUACGAUCUGUUUGACACGUGCUCAGAGCCCGUAGUCGCCAUGAAGCCCAGCCUGGUGUUCCUGGCCAAGGCGGGCAGCCGCAGCAUCGCCGCCUACUGUGAUUACACCAAGUACCAGCCCCGCGUGCUGGCUGUCAUCGGGCCCCACUCGUCGGAGGUUGCCCUGGUCACCGGCAAGUUCUUCAGCUUCUUCCUCAUGCCCCAGGUCAGCUAUGGCGCCAGCAUCGACCGGCUGAGCAACCGUGAGACGUUCCCUUCCUUCUUCCGCACGGUGCCCAGCGACCGUGUGCAGGCAAUGGCCAUGGUGGAGCUGCUGCAGGAGUUCCACUGGAACUGGGUGGCCGCCGUGGGCAGUGACGAUGAAUAUGGCCGGCAGGGCCUGAGCCUCUUCUCCAGCCUGGCCACCGCCAGGGGCAUCUGCAUCGCGCACGAGGGCCUGGUGCCACUGCCCUACGCCAACAGCCUGAGGCUGGGCUCAGUGCAGGGCCUGCUGCAGCAGGUGAACCAGAGCAGCGUGCAGGUGGUGGUGGUGUUCUCCUCCGCCCACUCGGCCCGCAUGCUCUUCAGCUACAGCAUCCACUGCAAACUCUCACCCAAGGUGUGGGUGGCCAGCGAGGCCUGGCUGAUCUCGGACCUGGUCAUGACGCUGCCUGGCAUGGACCAGGUGGGCACCGUGCUCGGCUUCCUGCACCAGGGCGCCCCGAUGCCCGACUUCUCAUCCUACGUGCAGACACGCCUGGCCCUGGCUGCCGAUCCUGCCUUCUGCGCCUCACUGGACGCUGAGCAGGCAGGCCUGGAGGACCACGUGGUGGGACCCCGCUGUCCCCAGUGUGACCACAUCACACUGGAGAACGUGUCAGCUGCGUUGUUGCACCACCGGACGUUUGCGGCCUAUGCGGCCGUGUACGGCGUGGCCCAGGCGCUCCACAAUGCACUGCUCUGCAACGCCUCAGGCUGCCCCCAGCGGGAGCCCGUGCAGCCCUGGCAGCUCCUGGAGAACAUGUACAACCUGAGCUUCCACGCACGUGGCCUGAUGCUGCGGUUCGACAGCAGCGGGAACAUAGGCGUGAAUUAUGACCUCAAGCUGUGGGUCUGGAAGGACCUGACGCCCUCGCUGCACACCGUGGGCACCUUCGACGGCCGCCUGCAGCUCCAACACUCCCAGAUGUCCUGGCACACGCAGGGAAACGAGGAGCCGGUGUCCCAGUGCUCGCGGCAGUGCAGGGAGGGCCAGGUGCGCCGUGUGAAGGGCUUCCACUCCUGCUGCUACGAUUGUGUGGACUGCAAGGCUGGCAGCUACCAGCGCAACCCAGAUGAACCCCUCUGUAUCCAGUGUGACCAGGACCAGUGGUCCCCGGACCGGAGCACCCAGUGCUUCCCCCGCAGGCACAGGUUCCUGGCGUGGGGGGAGCCGGCUGUGCUGGUACUGCUCGUGGUGCUGGGCCUGGCUCUGAGCCUGGUGCUGGUGGCCCUGGGACUCUUCGUCUGGCACUGGGACAGCCCGCUGGUGCGGGCCUCAGGUGGGCCACGGGCCUGCUUUGGCCUGGUCUGCCUGGGCCUCGUCUGCUUCAGUGUCCUCCUGUUCCCCGGCCGGCCCAGCCCCACCAUCUGCCUGGCCCAGCAGCUGCUGCUCCACCUCCCACUCACUGGCUGCCUGAGCACACUCUUCCUGCAGGCAGCUGAGAUCUUUGUGAGGUCAGAGCUGCCGCCGGGCUGGGCAGACUGGCUGCAGAGCCUCCUGUGGGGGCCGUGGGCCUGGCUGGCAGUGCUGCUCGCCAUGCUGGUGGAGACAGCACUCUGCACCUGGUACCUGGUGGCCUUCCCACCGGAGAUGGUGACGGACUGGCAGAUGCUGCCCACAGAGGCGCUGGUACACUGCCGUGUGCGCUCCUGGGUCAGCUUCGGCCUCGUGCACGCCGUCAACGCCACGCUGGCCUUCCUGUGCUUCCUGGGCACCUUCCUGGUGCAGAGCCGGCCUAGCCACUACAAUGGCGCCCGCAGCCUGACCUUUGCCAUGCUGGCCUACUUCGUCACCUGGGUCUCCUUCGUGCCCCUCUUUGCCAACGUGCACGUGGUCUUCCAGCCCGCGGUGCAGAUGGGCGCCACCCUCCUCUGUGCGCUGGGCAUCCUGGCCACCUUCCACCUGCCUAAGUGCUACCUGCUGCUGUGGCGGCCAGACCUCAACACCCCCGAGUUCUUCCUGAGCGGGGGUUUGGGCGACAGCAGAGGGGUGGGCGGCAGCUGGGGUGGGGAGGAGACCCAGGGAAAGAACAAGUGACCCCUGACCUGAUGACCUCACCCCAGUGAACUCAGACCUAGUCAGGCCCACACCAAGUCCCUACACAGCAACUUGCAGACUGUGCCCAGACUGCAGAGACCCCCCCCCGCCCCUAGAUUCUGCUGUCCUUGACCCCACAGUGACCUCCAGGCCAGCAGUGUGCACAAGGAGCCUCGGCCCAGUGGGGUCUCACCACCUGCAGCCCCAGAGUCAGGCUCUUUCCCUGUCCCAGCAGAGCCUUGGCCUGCACAGGUGACCCAGCCCGACUGUUCCAGGCAGAGGCCCGUGGAGGGCUGCUGUGGGCCCCUGCAGCCCAUGCUGAGCACUCAGGAAAGCCCCUGGCCCAACCACUUGAAGGCCAAGCUGGGCAUCACUUGCCUGGCUGGGCCCGACCUGAGGCCCCCACCCAGCUCCCUCUCCAAGCAUCACAGGAGUGGGUGGUGGGUGGGUGGGCUGGGGUCGUCUUGACCCCUCUGCAGGGGCAUGUGUCUGACCGUGGGACAGAGGGCUGCUCAGGAGGGAGGGAGCACCCCGCCUCCUUUUCUCUCUCCCUGGUGGGCCCCAGCCACUAGAAUGAGAGCUGUUGACUCUAGCACCACGGACAGAGCCCACACGGGGGAGGGGUGUCAGCACCAAGACCAGUGCCCGCCACAGGACCCUCUCCAGCCAGGAGCCAGCACCAGAUGCAGACCCCCCACCAGAGCUGCUGUGGCCAGGAGCUCACCUAGCUGCACUCGGGGCAGCACCCAGCCAGUCCUGGGGAGGCUGACCUGCCCCAGCACCCCAGUCUCCAAAAGUGGGGGAGAAAAGACAAAGGUCACACACCAGCCCCACAAAAUUAAAUGCUUUUCAAUGUUUAAAAUAGCAUUUACACGGAAGCAGCUCUGUUAACUAUCUGGACGGACGCCCCGACUCGAUGCGGUAUCUACAGUGCAGACGUAUGCAGGCCAGACGCCGGGACGAAGCGGCGUAUGCAGUGGGCAGUCACCC